UUUGACAGCUGAAGUCCGUUCUAUUUGUAAACGGACAGCGAUAAUAAUAUUUUAUGAAGUCAAUCGUAAAAAAAACUGAAUGCGAAUGAAUAAAUUUAAGAAAAAAAAUGUGUUUUGUAAUUGAUCAAUGUAUUUUGUGCACAAAAACCGAUUGUGAAAUAAUUCGUGUGUUUAGUAAUCGUGGACGACAGCUGAAAAUUGCCGAAACAUUGUCUGAUCACUUCUGGUUUCGGGUGGAGGACUUUAACGAUCAACCGAAUGGAAUAUGUUUGGAAUGUUGGGACAAAGUCCUGACAUUUGAUCAAUUCUAUAAAUCAGUUCAAAUGGCCCAUUUAUAUCUGUUGAACUCAAAAUACAAAGACGAUGAAAUCGAAAAGGUGUCCGUGAAAAGUGAACAUGACACUUCGGAAGAUUUUUUAUCAAUGGAAGACAUAACAGCCUGUGAUAGUACAUCCGACCAAGACGAUGAAUAUAUCGAAGAUAAAAGUGUGAAAGUCAAGUCACCAAACAAAACAACAAAAGAUCGAAAAAGCGCCACAAUACAAACCAAAAAAGGACCACCGAUUUUCGAAGAAAAACACUAUUCACCGCAAGAGUUGGAAAUGGAAUCAAAAAUUGCCGACUAUUUUCAGAUGAACUGUGAUUUAUGUAUGCAUCAUUUUGAAUCGUGGAACGAUACUCGAACUCAUUACUUGGAUAAACACAAUAUUUUGAAGCCGUUCUUGAGAUGUUGCAAUCGAAAAUUCUUUUUAAGAAGUCGAAUCAUCGAGCACAUAACAUGGCAUGCCGACCCAAGCGCAUUCAAUUGUACAAAAUGUCCGAAGAAAUUCCAUGAAAAGAGAACAUUAACCGCACACGCUUUACGUCAUUUGGAAGAUGAGAAACGAAGCUUCGAGUGUCACCAGUGUCAUAAACGAUUUUCGCGGCAACACAUUUUGAAUCGUCAUUUGAGCGACGUGCAUCCGAUUGGUGAUCAAAAAUUCAUAUGCAACAUUUGUGAAAAGAACUUCAAAUCCGAGCACAUACUAAAAAUGCAUAUUCUCAAAGUACACGAACGGAUUGACCAACGAAUAUGUGAUGUAUGCGCAAAAGUAUUUAAAACAAAAGAAGGAUUUCAAGAUCAUAUGAAAACACAACACAUGGGAAUCGAAGAGCCGCGAGUACAAUGUACCCAUUGCGGUGCUUGGCUCAAAAAUCGCGGAACAUUAAACAAACACAUGAAAAUUCACACGGAUUCGCCACAAGUGUGUGAUAUUUGCCAUAAACUGAAACCAACACGAACAGCUCUCAAUCAUCACAAGCGACUCGUUCACGGCGACGCAUCAUUCCAUUGCACCAUUUGCAAAAAGACAUUCAAACGACAACUUUCUUUAACGGAACAUAUUGCAUCUCAUACUGGUGAAAAUCUGUACACAUGUCAUUAUUGUCCGAAAAUGUUCAAAUCUAAUUCAAAUAUGCACAAACAUCGGAAACAAGUUCAUUUCGACAAAUGGACAGCUGAUAGAGAAUCAAAGAAGAUUGCACUAUUUACAAAUCCAUAGAUUGUUAUUUUCGUUUUAUUGUCUGUUUAUUUAUUGGAUUUUUCGGAAGCAACACAAACAGAUAUGCUGCCGUUUAAAAAUCUGACUGCAAUGUGGACAGAAUUUUUUCUUAUUAAAAACAGCUUGAGAGCAUUUUAAAUGUCAUUAAA